GUGUUUAUGUUCUAAUCGUGCGGGUGAUCAUCGAAAUGACAGUGCAACUACGGAAAGACCAACUUAACCUGAUCAGGAAAUCGGCAGAAGAAAAUAGCCUCGAAAAUUUCGACAUCGAAGCCGACAAAGGUACCAUCAAGGGCGACAAUUACUUGGGAGAGAUCUACACGAUCCGCGUGAGGGAGAAAAAUAGCGAACGGAUCCUGAAUAUGAUACUGAAGAGUGCGACAACGAACGGCAAAAUGCGGGACGUGAACCUCGUCAAAAACAUUUUCUCCAGGGAGGCUUUCCUCUACCAAGUGGUCUUGCCGGAGCUGUACAAGUUGCAGGAGGAAAAAGGGAUAACGGACGGGUUCACGGGAUCCGCCAGGUGCUACGGAACCACUGUGGUCGACUGUGAAGAGUCGAUCCUCAUGGAAAAUUUGAAAACCAACGGUUUUAAGCUUUGGGAACGAAGGAAGCCGAUGGACGAGCACCACAUCGAACUGGUAUUUUCAGAGUACGCCAGGUUCCACGCGACAUCGAUGGCCCUAAGGCAGCUGAAGCCGGAAAAGUUCUCCAAGCUCAGCGAGAACCUGGGCGAGGUGUUCGAGACCGACAAGCCCGAAGUUCAGGAACAGUUGAAAUCGUACACGAAUUCCCUUUUCCAGUCGAUCUUGGAGGUCGUGAAGGUGGGCGACCCGCUCAGAAUGCCGGUCGAAAAUUUUUGCGCAUCUCAAGAGCAGUUUUUCGAGGAUAUGAACCGGGAGAAAUGCGUCAUCACGCACGGAGAUUGCUGGACCAACAACAUGCUGUUUAAAUACGAGGGACCGGACCUCUCCAAACCGACCAGGGUGUGUUUCCUGGACUGGCAAUUGUCGACGGUAGGAACCCCCGCCAAAGACCUGGCGUACUUCUUCUGCGUAUGUACUCCGCGGGAGCUGCUUUACAAUUACCGAAAAUAUUUCAAGCUGUACUACGAGACGUUGUCGAAGAAUUUGAAGGAAUUCGGCUGCGAUCCGGACCAAGUGUUCAGCUACGAGACUCUGAUGCAGCAGUGGAAGAAGUACGCGAAGUACGGCUUAUUCGUGGGCAUCAUGGUGCUCAAGGUGAUGCUGUCUGAUGAGAGCGAGGUGCCCGAGCUAGGGGACAUGAAAGUGGGAGACCACUUGGCCAACUUAUUCAAGUUUGGUGAAGAAAAAGAGCGGCUGUACCGCAAACGCGUUAUCGACGUCGUCAAGUACCUGGUAGAUCACGACCUCAUCUACUGCUUGAUCAGUACUGUCCACGGUUAUUUGGGAGAUUACUCUCGUGCAUUUGGAUCCCAAACAAACGAGCAGUUUUGUGUUUAUCUUUUAAUCGCCCGGGCGAUACGCGAAAUGACUGUGCAGCUACGGGAAGACCAACUGAACCUGAUCAGGAAAUCGGCCUAUGAAAAUGGUUUCGAAAAUUUCGACAUCGAAGCCGACAAAGGUACCAUCAAGGGCGACAAUUACCUGGGAGAGAUUUACACGAUCCGCGUGAGGGAGAAAAAUGGCGACCGGGUGCUGAAUCUGAUACUAAAGAGUGCGUCGACGAACGCCAAGUUGCGGGAAGUCGUCGUCAUCAAAAAUAUUUUCUCCAGAGAGGCUUUUCUCUACCAAAUGGUCUUGCCGGAGCUGUACAAGCUGCAGGAGGACAAGGCAAUAUCGGAUAGGUUCACGGGAUCAGCUAAGUGCUACGGCACCACUCUGGUCGACCAAGAGGAAUCGAUCCUCAUGGAGAACUUGAAGUCUGACGGUUUUAAGCUUUGGGAACGAAGGAAGCCGAUGGACGAGCACCACAUCGAACUGGUAUUUUCAGAGUACGCCAGGUACCACGCGGCGUCGAUGGCCUUGAAGCAGCUGAAACCGGAAAAGUUCUCGGAGCUCAGCGAGAACCUGGGGGACGUGUUCGCGACCGACAAUCCGUCCUCCCAGGAAAGGUGGAAGGCGUACGAGCAAUCCGUUUUCCAGUCGAUCUUGGAGGUCGUGAAUGAUGACGACCGACUGAGAAUGUCGGCGGAAAACUUUCGCGAUUCCAAAGAUCAAUUUUUCGAGGAUUUAAAACAAGAGAAAUACGUUAUCACGCACGGAGAUUGCUGGACCAACAACAUGCUGUUUAAAUACGAGGGACCGGACCCCUCCAAACCGACCAGGGUGUGUUUCCUGGACUGGCAAUUGUCGGCGGUAGGAACCCCCGUCACCGACCUGGCAUAUUUCUUCUGCGUCUGUGCUUCGCGGGAGCUACUCUACAAUUACCGAAAGUAUUUCAAGCUGUACCACGAGAUCCUGUCUAGGAAUUUAAAGGAAUUAGGCUGCGAUCCGGAAGAAGUGUUCAGCUACGAGACUCUGAUGCAGCAGUGGAAGAAAUACGCGAAAUUCGGCAUAUUCAUCGGCAUUAUGCUGCUCAAGGCGAUGCUGUCAGAUGCGGACGAGGUGCCCGAGCUAGGGGACAUGAAAGAUGGAGACAACUUGGCCAACAUGUUCACUUUUGGAGAAGAAAAAGAGCAGCAGUACCGAAAACGCGCCAUCGACGUUGUCGAGUUCUUGGUAGAUCACGACCUCAUGUAAUUUUUUAUAUUUAUAUGUCAAGUUUGUGCAGUUUAAUAUUUUAAAUAAAUUUUAUCGAGAAAA